AUGCCACGGCCGAAGCCGCCGCCCACUCCAACCGGCUCAUCUGACCUGAGAGCGCUGGAACACUCGAAGGCGUUUCAGGCCUCAGAUAUGGAAUCGAUUUUUACCCUACCGCCGCCAGCAAUGAGGUCAGCCGAUGUACAAUCCCAAAACCACCAAAGUGGGAAGUCGUCGCACGCACGAGACACCGCAAACACUACGGCGCUCUCACAAAGCACCCCUCCCAUCUCUCCCCAGGACAAACCGCUUACUACGAGCCCGCGACACAAACGAACUUCUUCCGGAGUGGUCAAAUCGGCCGUCCAAUCUGCGACUACCGGCGGCGGCGUGGGCAAUUCCUACGCUCUUCCUCCUCCACCUAGUCGAGCCCGUAAGAUCAUCCAGAUGAAACCCAAAUCUCAGGCCACAAACAACUCUUCCCCGGCCAGCGACGCCAGCUACGUACCUCCCGCCUCGACCACAACCUCGACGGCGUCCGCUCCCUCCAAUAAAGCAUCCGCACCCUUGUCCGGAGGUGGAUCGUCCAAUGCCACCGCCACGGGUUCGAAGCGAAAGCAACCCUCCGCCACCAGCGCUGCGGGCAGGAAGAUCGCCCGUAAAACCGCUCAUAGCAUCAUCGAGCGUCGCCGGCGGAGUAAAAUGAAUGAAGAGUUUGGGGUCUUGAAGGACAUGAUACCCGCAUGUGAAGGGGUGGAGAUGCACAAACUCGCCAUCCUGCAAGCGGGGAUUGAAUACGUGCGGUAUCUGGAAGGAUGCGUGGCGCAGCUUAAGGAGGAAAAUGCAAAGCUGGGAGGCAAAAUGAGGACUUUCAUCAGUUCGAGGAUGCAGACGGACAAUCCGCGAGAGGAAGAUGAGGAUAUGGACGACGACGAAGACGACGAAGACGAGGAUGAGGAACAGGAUGAGGCUGUCGACGACGUGCCUGCUCCCGCGGCUCCUCCGACAAGGGUACGGAGCCAUCAACCCAGCGCUGUGGCCGGAAGCGAAUGGGCAUUGCGAGAUUCGCGCAAAUCCUCGGUCGCAUCGUUGAGCGGUUCUUCAGCGUAUCCGUCUCCUCACAUUCACAGCCAAUCGCAAGGAGCAGUAGACGAAACUGGCGGCUUGAGGAAGAAGCCUUUCUUGCCUGCCGGCGUCCAGUCCUUCACGGCCUCCCCUUCGAUCCCAGCGCACUCGGGAGGUGUGGUCUCCUCCGCGACCCCGACCCCCACACUGCUCUCACCAGCAUUCAACUCGAUCCAUUUCUCACCCGAUCUCGCACGCACGCAAACCACCAGCAGCGUCGGGAAGUCUGGGAGUGGGGUGUUGAACACGCCCGCGUCAUCAUGGACAUCUGUCAAUCCCUCAGGCAGCUCUUCCGGGUCGGUGUCCAACCCGAGCCCGAACAUGCAACCGCUGCCUUCGCCGAAAGCCGCCAUGAACCUCCCCCUGCCUCACCCCGCGGUAGCGUCCUUGCAGCUGCCGCCACAUUACAGUGCUGGAGUGCAACGCGAACGCGAGGGCGGGAGCAAGUCACCGGGCGGCAUGAGUGAUGCUUCGGGAACCGCCGAGGCCACGGCCAGUGCCGCUUUGAUGAUGUUGACCAACGAGUGGAGAGGCGGCGGCGGUCGAGCGGCGGACGCCCCAGGCAGCGUGCCUGCUCCGGCGGUGGCCGGAGUGAGAGACGACAGUAAAGAUCGAGGCAAGGGUAUGAGCGUACGAGAUCUGCUGAGUUCAUGA